UGUUUAUUGUCUGUGUUGGUUUAGUCCUUGUAAAAUAGUAUGUGUUAAGCAACUCCUUUAAUUGGAUGGUAACAACUUUUCCAAAGGUUGAUGUUUGAUGAUGGUGUUGAAAGAUAGUGCAAAAGUCCCCACUUGUUCAUCAAGUCCUUUCAAAGCUUUUGCUUGUUUUGCACUUUUCCUUUGCCUGAUGAGAAAAGUUGAAACACAGGAGAUAGUGGUGAAACCAAUGGAAGAGAUAGUAGUACCUAAUGGUAGUACUACAUCAUGCUCAAAGCCCGGUUCUUCUCUAGAGAGGAAAGUUAGGCCUCAAAAAGAGCAAGCUAUGAACUGUCCGAGAUGCAAUUCAACCAACACCAAGUUCUGUUACUACAACAACUACAGUCUUUCGCAGCCAAGAUACUUUUGCAAGACCUGUAGAAGAUAUUGGACUGAAGGUGGAUCUUUGAGAAACAUCCCGGUUGGAGGAGGUUCAAGAAAGAACAAAAGAUCAUCAUCAUCUUCUUCUUCAUCAGUGUCAUCAUCGAAGAAGCUUCCUGAUCUGAUCCCACCAUCCUCACAUCAAAACCCUAAGAUCCAUGAGGGCCAAGAUCUCAACUUGGGAUUUUCAUCCACCCAUGACUUCAAGACCAUCACUGAGCUCAUCCAAGUUCCCAACUUUGAUAACAAUAACAAGGAAAACUUGACUUCUUCCUCUAGCAAUUCAACUACGACUUCAUGUCACCUUUCAGCAUUAGAGCUGUUGACUGGGAUUACACCAAUAAGGGGAUUAAGUUCCUUCGUGCCAAUGCCAAUUACAACUGAUCCCACUGUAGUCUAUUCUUCUUCCGGAGGGUUUCAGCUGCCAGAAUUUAAACCAUCUCUAAGCUUUUCUUUGGAUGGGCUGGGAAGUAGCGGGGGCUAUGUGAACCUCCACGGUGUGCAAGAGUCAAGUGGGGGGAGGCCUUUAUUUCCUUUUGAAGAUCUGAAACAGGUUUCAGGCACUACUUCAACUGACGUCGAUCAGCAAAAUAGGGAACAGCAUGCUGAUUCAACUGGAUAUUGGACUGGAGUACUAGGAGGAGGGGGAGGAUCUUGGUAAUUAAAGAAGAUGAAAGAGAGAAAGGAAUCAGAACACCCCCCCCCCCCCUUCCCUAGCUCCUCCUUUCACUUUUUUCUGGAAAAUUUUGUUUGAAUACUUUCGGGAUUUUGGUUAAGUAUCUAUCUAGUGGUGGGUUGAUUUCUCUGGAAUUCUUCAAAGCUAACUCAUACAAUACAAGGGUUCUUUCUUUCUUUAGUCUCUCCUUGAAUUUAUCUCCUUACUGUUGAAUGAGUGGUGGUGUGAAUUUGGAGCUCAUAUUUAGGUUGGCUUCAGAAUUGAGACUAGUUCAAUUAAGGUAAUUAACCUGCAAGAUCAUUGAUGACAGAUGGAAAAGUUAGGCGGCCCAGAUUUUAGAAGGGGCAAAAUGUAGUGGGAAGCUGCAUGCAAGGAUGCCAUUCAUUGAUGUCAGGAGUCUGCGAAUAUCUGAUGCAUCCAGCCAGGAAAAAAGGCAAAGGAUACGCAGUCAGUGUAAGAUAGUCAUUUGCUUAAUUCGCAAAUAACACACUACUGUAUAACUUGCAAGUUUGCAUUAAUUUCUGAAUCUGUGGAUUGAAGAUAUGGUUUGCUCUUCAUUACUUUUAUUUGUUCCGUGUUUGGCAUGUAUAUUUGUUUAAACUUUCGGGAACAAAUAUAUGGGAGUUUCACACCUUUUCGUACUAA